GGGGGAGGACGCAUUCAUUCCCACUAUGCAGUCUUGCAUGCUCUCGCUGUGUACUCUGGGAACAGUCUAGCGAUCCAAGAUGGCGGCGAGCAGGAGACUGCAUAAGGAACUUGAAGAAAUCCGUAAAUCUGGAAUGAAAAAUUUCCGUAACAUUCAAGUCGAUGAAUCAAACAUAUUGACUUGGCAAGGACUUAUUGUUCCUGACAACCCCCCAUACGACAAAGGAGCGUUCAGGAUCGAGAUAAUCUUUCCUGCUGAGUACCCUUUCAAACCCCCUAAGAUCACGUUCAAAACAAAGAUCUAUCACCCAAAUAUUGACGAGAAGGGGCAGGUUUGUCUGCCAGUUAUCAGCGCAGAAAACUGGAAACCAGCUACCAAAACUGACCAAGUAAUCCAGUCACUCAUUGCUCUGGUGAACGACCCUCAGCCAGAACAUCCUCUGCGCGCUGACCUAGCAGAAGAAUACUCAAAGGACCGUAAAAAAUUCUUUAAGAAUGCAGAAGAGUUUACAAAGAAACAUGGCGAGAAACGGCCAGUGGACUAAUACCUGACAAGUGUGUAGUCCCUCACUCCCACCAAACCCCCUCCUCCCAAAACCAAUCCUCUUCUACCUACCUUCUUGUGUACCCUGGCUGUUCCUCUUCCUCCUCCUUCUCCUCUUCCUCUCCUCUUCCUCCUUCUGCGCUUUGUCUCCCCCCGUCCUCUCCCUGCGCACUUGUCAUUAUAGUAGACCUGGAGAAGCGCCUCCCAGUUGCAAGCGCCAUUGUGAAGCAGGACUCAUGUGGACACGACAAAGAUUCUCUGCCUGAUAUUAGUUUGAGGCCAUUACUAACUUUCUACUAUUUUCUUAAGUUUAAAAAAAAAUAAAGAAUAAAAAAGUGAUUAGGUUGCUACGAUAGGGAAAAUGCACCAUGUUUUUUUUUCUUAUUUUGAUGAAAGAGGGUAGGAAAGCAUUCUGUUUCCACACUGAAGUUUGGAUAUGAGAUAUCCGAGAGAGGGAGAGGAAAGUUGUUUAUCAUUAUCCAGCUCUUUAAGGUGAAUUCUUGGCCCCUUCUAAGUGAUGACAAAUGUCUCUUCACAGACCGAAGAGAGGAUAGUGGUGUACAUCUGAACAUGUGGUGUAAAAAAAAGUUAAUAUACUUUCUUUUUUUCUCUU